GAAGGAAGGUUUAUUUAAUUUUGUCCCUUCAUUAUACUUACAACACACUUUCAUUUUAGGGCCACGUGUGUUCAGCGAUUUUUUUGUCAUUCUUUGUAUUAUUUAACAAACAAUGAUGCGUUAUUUACAUGAAAAGUGUUCACAUUUCCGGUAUUUUUGUUACUAAACGUGCGGAUUUGACACAAGUCUCCCGUGAGUGACUUUUGACACUCCUCUCAGCAUGGAAAACACACCUCAGUCCAGGCUGUACCCCUAGAGAAACUUAAAGUUCAGAUUAUGGAUUCAUCUACAAACAGUUUGGAUGACGUGUCGGCAGACGGCAGUGCAGAGUUCCCAGAUCGAACUUCUAUGAUGGAGGUGCGUCUGCAGGCACAGGAGGAUGAGAUCACGCUGCUGAAAUCCUCACUGGCUGAUGCCUUGCAUCGGAUCCGCCUCCAUGAUCAGCUCUUACCAUUAUUGAAACAGCAGCUCAUUGCAGUGAACCCAGGUGCUGCACGAGUGCUGAACCAAGUGUGUUCCUCAGAUGAUUGCACCAGCAGCAGAAAACUGUCCACGAGCUCAGCCAGCGAUGGAAUCCGCCACCCUGCUGCCAGCCAACUGUCAGACAGCAUUGUGACCAAUGUGAAUGGCCACAUAGGAACCUCAGUGUCUAUGAAGCCAGGUCCCAGACCAGCAACAAUGGACAGGUCAACCCAGACAGAGCCCACCAUUCCAGGGCAGGACAGUAUCCCUCCUCCCAGGAGGGUCCAGAGCCUUCAACUAGAGGAUGCCCUUCCUCCAGCGGAGCCCAUGGUUGAGGGGACACGUGCUAAGCUUCACCGCAUCCCUGGCUUGGAAGAGGAAGACGAGGAGCAGGAUGAAGAUGAAGAAGGAGGAGGGGAGCAGGAAAAGGAGCUGAGUUGGAUGUCAUCAGUGGAGGAGCCCAUUCAGCCCACCACCAUCAGAGGCCUUCAGAAAGAGGACUUCCACGAUGGAAGCUGCUCUCCAGAGGAGCCAGGCUCUGGCUCAGCCGUAGUCCGAACCUCAGACCAGAACCUCAACACCCGCUCUGGAACCUUGUCCCCUAUCCAGGAAGGAGAGAAUAAACCGCUGGUUCGUAGGAACAGUGAAAAACUGGGGAACCCGGAGAGGCAGAGGAAACGUUUGGACAAGAAGGCGGCGUCCUCAGCCAACCUCCUCACCCGCUCCCCCAGUCUGGAGAAUCGGGCCAAGGAACUGAUUGCCAGUGCAGGAUCCCCCGGGUCCAGAAGAGGAACCUAUGGCCAAGGACAGUCAAUCAAAAUGUUUAUUCGAGGUCGGCCCAUAACCAUGUACAUCCCCUCAAACAUUCAGAACUAUGAAGACCUGAAGAUGGAGCCUCCCUCUGAGAGACUGGAGCUGGACUGGGUCUAUGGUUACAGAGGACGGGACUGCCGGGCCAACCUAUACUUCCUUCCAACGGGCGAAGCAGUGUACUUCAUUGCCUGUGUUGUUGUGCUUUACCACAUCAACAACCGCACACAACGGCACUAUCGCAAACACACAGAUUGCGUCCGCUGUCUUACGGUCCAUCCUGACAAGGUGCGAGUGGCAUCUGGCCAAACAGCAGGGGUGGAUAAAGAUGGCAAGCCCCUGCAGCCUUGUGUCCAUAUCUGGGACUCCACCACUCUGGUCACCUUGCAGCAUAUCGGCUUAGGAACCUUUCAGAGGGGAGUGGGAUCAGUUGCGUUUUCCUUUGCUGAUUCUGGAGCGUUCCUGUGUGUGAUCGAUGACUCUAAUGAACACAUGCUGUCAGUGUGGGACUGCAACAAGGGGACCAAGUAUGCAGAGAUCAAGAGUACAAACGAGGCCGUGUUUGCGGUGGAGUUUAACCCUAGUGACAGCACCAACAUCAUCACCUGUGGCAAAUCUCAUGUCUACUUCUGGACACUCAGCACAGGACAGUUCACCAAGAAACAAGGCAUCUUUGGAAAAUACAAGAAGCCCAAGUUCAUCCAGUGCUUUGUGUUCAGUCUGACUGGAGAUGUUCUGACUGGAGACUCUGAAGGAAACAUUCUGACUUGGGGAAAAUCAGCUGCAGAUGUCAAAACCCUUGGUAAAGGCGCCAAAGAGACCUUCCAGAUCAUGCGACAGACCAGAGCCCAUGAAGGCAGCGUGUUCACCCUCUGCCCCUUGCAGGGUGGCGCUCUGCUCAGUGGAGGAGGGAAAGACCGUAAGAUCAUCCGCUGGAGUGCUGACCUGGCACCUGAGAGAGAGUGUGAGAUUCCAGAAAAGUAUGGGGCAGUUCGUACUAUUGCCGACGUGGAUGGGGAGGAACUAUUAGUUGGUACAACCCGGAAUGCCAUCCUUAGAGGCACCUUCUCAGAUGGAUUUGUGGCCAUCGUGCAGGGCCAUGUUGAUGAGAUGUGGGGGCUGGCUACACAUCCCUGUCAAAACAUCUUCCUCACUUGCGGUCAUGACAGACAGGUGUCUUUGUGGAACACCGAGGAACACAAGCUGGAUUGGUGCAUCACCCUUGAGGAGUAUGGUUUGUGUGCUGAUUUCUGCCCUAAUGGAUCAGUGGUUUCAGUUGGCCUCAGCACAGGAAGGUGGAUGGUCUUCGACCUGUUGACCAGAGAGGUGGUGUCUGAGUCCACUGAUGGGAAUGAGCAGCUGUCUGUCAUGAGAUACUCACCAGAUGGCAGCUUUUUAGCUGUUGGAUCCCAUGACAACUUCAUCUACAUUUACAAUGUGACAGAGAGCGGCCGGCGCUACAGCCGCUUUGGGAAAUGUAAUGGUCACUCCAGCUUCAUAACUCACCUGGAUUGGUCCAAAGAUGGAAAAUACAUCAUGUCUAAUUCAGGCGACUAUGAGAUCCUUUACUGGGACAUAGCAGCAGGGUGUAAACUGCUGAGGAAUCGAUUUGAGAGCAAAGACAGAGAAUGGGCUUCCUAUACCUGUGUGCUGGGCUUCCAUGUCAUGGGUGUGUGGUUGGAGGGAUCUGACGGCACAGACAUCAAUGCCCUGUGUCGCUCUCACAGUGAGACGAUGGUGGCUGUGGCUGAUGACUUCUGCAAAGUCCACCUCUUCCAGUACCCCUGUCCUAAGCCUAAGGCACCAAGCCACAAAUACGACGGCCACGGCAGCCACGUCACCAACGUCCGCUUCACCCACAGCGACUCCCACCUCCUCUCCAUGGGCGGGAAGGACACCUGCAUUCUUCAGUGGAGGGUGAUAGGAGGUGGGGUGGACGACGGCAGAGAGAGACUGGCCUCGGUCUCAUCCACCUCCACCAGCUCUCCAGAGCCUGCCGCCAGUUAGGAAGCGCUCAGUCAUGAGCAGUGACAGAGGGGGAACUGCUUACACUGAGGUUCAGAGAGGCAUGUUAGUCAGUGGACAGCAGCUCAGCCAGUCCUCUGCAGCGCCACUGCUGCCUUUGUGUCAUACAGAACAUGUAGGGGAGUCCUCUCUCAGAGGAAUAUCCAUAAUCAAUUUACACUUCCACACCUCUAUAAUCAUGUACAUCCUUGUGAAACUGGACGGUGGGAUUCUUCCCUUAACACAAUUUUGUUGUUGUUCUGAAUAGAUGGUGAGGAUCUUUAGAAGUAGUCAUGUACAGAACAUAACUCGACAUCUGUGGUGACAAAGACUUUGGUUUCAGUGAACAUUCCUAUGUUUUAGUCCACCUUGUUUACCAAAUAUACCAAAGUGCUGCAUUGCUGUGCAUGCCAUCAAACUUACAAAGAUGUUUUCAUAAGGUCUUUCCAUAUUUUUAAUGUUUUAAGAAGUGUUUGGUUUACAUCUCAGCUAACAUUGAAGCUGUUUUUAUGCUUGCAUUAGAUAGACUGUGACAGACUUGUUCCAGUGAAAUCAACUCUCAGCAUUUCUGAUUAAUUAAUUUCUCUAACAGUAGAUCAGUACACUUGAAAGAAUUACUUUAGUACAGUUUUAUAUAUUUAAGAGAACAUUGGGGAUACUGUGAUGUCUUAUCUGUCAAACUCCCAAUAAAACUGAAGGCUGAAAAAGUG